UACAACAAAGACUCUAUCACAGAACUUCAUGAUCCCAUAUCAAAGAAAUGGGCUCCAGAUAAAAAAUUGAAAAAAGUGAUUACUGUUAAAAGAGACGUAAGUAAGAAAUUUAAAGCUAAAAAAGACAAGCCUGAAUUAUUUAAUUGGCAUCAAAGAUCAGUAGAAAAGAGAAAUAUCAAAGGUUACUUAAAAGCACAAGCAAGAAUUGGACCUCGCUGUGAAGAUAGAAGUAGAGCUAAAAAGAAUAGUAAUAUUAGUUUAAGUAUAUAUAAUCAGAAAUUAGAUCAAGUGCCAGAUACAAACUUUAAAAACCAACCUAAGCCUGAUAAACAGGGUUGA